AAGUGACGGUUUCAAGAGCCGGAAGUGACGGGCGGGACGUUAUUCUGAGCUACUGUGGUUGGCGGAAGUGCCUAACUGUCAUGGCUGGGGACAUAAAUGUGUUUGAGCUAUUCCGGAGAUUCUUCCGUCCCCCGGGGCAGAGGGACCCAUUUUUCGAGGGGAUGACACAUGAUGAGGAGGAGGAGGAUGAUGAUGAUGAUGAUGAAGAUGAGGAUUUCUUCUUCCCCCGUCAGCCAGGAUACGGUCAGGAGUCACCAUCUUGGCGCGGUCGUCCUCCUUUUCAGGAUCCCUUUGGCUUUGAAGACUUUUUCAGGGAUUUUAAUGAACUGUUUGCAGAUUUUGGGUCAAUGAUCCACGAGGUUCCCAGGCUCCCGGGGGUCGGGACCCCCGCUCAGGCUCCGGAAGGAUCUGGGACACGUUCAUUAAGGGAUUUUAUGUUGAAGUAUCCGGACUCCCAUCUGCCCAGAGAUCAGGCGCCACCACCCCAGGGCUCCGACCAGCCAAGAUGGCUUCCUAAUUGGCAAGGAGACGAUGCAGUUCCUGCCCCUCCUGGAGACACUAAGCAGGAUAAAAUCUUGGACACUGAGGUCUCAUCCCGCGGUCUGGACUCCAUCCUGAGGCCGAAGGAAUCGGCGCCAUCAUCCUCAUCGUAUUUCCGGAGCGUCCAAGUCUCCAGAGUGAUGCGACCUGAUGGGACCAUGGAGGAGAGAAGAACCGUACAAGACAGCAAAGGGAAUGAGACCACCACGAUGACUGUGACCAGGGGCGAUCAGGUGAUCAGCAGAGGAACUAGCGAUCCGGCCACAGAUAAUAAGGACUCCACCCUGGUCCCGCACCGGUCCCUACCAGAUCUCUCCGAUUCCCAGACUAUUAUCAGCCGCUUCCUACAGAGAUGGUUCUCCAAGUGACAGCUGAAAAUCAGCUCAGUCUGAACAGUGUUAUAUAAUGUGUAUAUAGAGGGGAGAGGCCUGAAACCUGAGGCUGCACUACUGAGACCCCUGAUGAUGUCAUGCCUCCUGAUGAUGUCAUGUCUUCUGAUCACUGGUGUCUCCUGAUCACUGAUGUCUCCUGAUGAUGUCAUGUCUUCUGAUCACUGGUGUCUCCUGAUCACUGAUGUUUCCUGAUCACUGAUGUUUCCUGAUCACUGAUGUUUCCUGAUCACUGAUGUUUCCUGAUCACUGAUGUCUCCUGAUCACUGAUGUCUCCUGAUGAUGUCAUGUCUCCUGAUCACUGGUGUCUCCUGAUCACUGAUGUUUCCUGAUCACUGAUGUCUCCUGAUGAUGUCAUGUCUCCUGAUCACUGAUGUCUCCUUAUGAUGUCAUGUCUCCUGAUCACUGAUGUCUCCUGAUGAUGUCAUGUCUCCUGAUCACUGGUGUCUCCUGAUCACUGAUGUUUCCUGAUCACUGAUGUCUCCUGAUGAUGUCAUGUCUCCUGAUCACUGAUGUCUCCUUAUGAUGUCAUGUCUCCUGAUCACUGAUGUCUCAUGAUGAUGUCAUGUCUCCUGAUGAUAUCUACAUCCUUCAUAGCUGGGCUGGGAUGGGAUGUGUGUGGACAGUGAUGUGGACAGUGAUCUGGACUGUUAUUGGUUUCUAUGACAACGCUGGACCUCACAGUAGUGCAGCCUCAGGAAUCUCAUCAAUGUUCGGAUUUUCUGCAUUUGUUCACAAUUCUUCUUCUAGAAAUAGAUUUACAUUAACUUACCGACAAAGAACAGAGGAUUUUGGGAAAUGUUCAGAAUUUGCUAAAUAAAUUUAAUUUAUAUGUAAUUAU